CGGCAGGGGGAGGAGCAGACCGGACCUUGUAUUGAGUAUCUGCUGCAGCACAAACUGUUGGAGACCCUGUGCACUCUGGGAAAAGCUCAGUAUCCUCCAGGUAUGGUGCAGCAGGUCUUGAUCUUCUUCUCUAAGCUGUUGUCUCAGAUGCAGAGGCCUCUUCUGCAGCUGGUCAGCGUCUACAGACCUGUUCAGAAGCUGAUUCGUCUCUGUGCACUUCCUGGUUCCAACACUGAGAAGGAGGAAGCUCAGUUCUUAUUGGCCGUCUGCUCCAGAGUCACACAGGAUCCGCACGCGCUCAGAUACGUCCUAGAGAUUGUGGACCAACCGGCAGCCGGGACACCAGCCUCUGACCAAUCGCAGCUCUCCGCACAAGCAUCCAGUCACAGGACAGAGUCGCCGCCACCCCUCUCCAGCCAAUCAGAAUCAUCCACCUGCAGCCCCGUCCAAUCAGAGUCCGGUCUGCUGCGGGCCCUGCUGCAGCUCACAAGGAGUCAGAGGAGCUCGGUGAGUCUGAAGGCCUACGAGGGCCUCCUGCUGCUGGCCGGGCUGCGGUCCGGAUCCUCAGGGGAGGUCCUGAGUGAUCGGACCCAGCUGGGAGCUCUGCUGGCCGGGAGGCUGCUGGAGCUUCACUCCCUGCUGCCUCUGGAGAGUCUGGACCCUGGAGAGCUGCAGGGCUGGCCCCCCACGCCCUGGAGUUCUCAGUUCUCGCGCUGCAGCUCUGAUCUCAGGUCAGCGUCUCCGGCCUCGGAUCACAUGACCAACUUCUUCUCCUGGUUUGACUUCCUGGAUCACCUGAUGAGAGAAGCUCCUGAGGUGUUGGCGGUGAAGCUAGCUGGGUGUGUUGGCCGGCUCUGGUUGGUGGAUCUGGUUCAGCCUCAGCUGCAGCACAGGUGUGAGCAGGUGGUCCUGGUCUCCACCUCCCUCCUCUGUGCUGCGGUCAGACUCGUCCGGUCCCGGUCUCUGCUGGAUCAGCUGGUGCACUUCCUGCUGAGGACCGACACGCUGACGCCCCUGCUGCUGCGGCGCUGCGACCACAUCUCUGACCAGAUCAGCAUGGCGUCUCUGUCUCUGGUUGAGGAGCUGCUACAGAAGCCUCACAGGGACAUUCUGGACCUGCUGGUGUUGCGUUUCCUGCAGACUCGUAGUUACCUGUGUCCACCUGCAGCGGGACAGGACGAGCGUCACGCCGAGGGCAACGAGACCGACGAGGACAGCGGUGACCUGGAGGAGGACCCCUUCUUCUUCUCCGACGGUCAGCUGCUCCCUCCUGCUCCCGUCUCCUCCUCUUCCUCCUCCGCUCCUCCUCCUCCCUCUGGCCUGGGAUCAGCUGCUGAUGUGGUCAACAGCUUCCUGUGUUUGGUUCCUGUCCAGGUUCGCUCAGCUCACCUGCUGCAGGAAGGAGGAUACGAGUCGUACGUCCACGACGCUCACACGCUGGUCAGGACUCACGUGACAGAGUGUCAGUCUCUCUCUCAGGCGUGGGAUUGGCCCCUCGCUCUUCCUCCUCCCUCCUCCUCCUCCUCCUCAGGUGAGGGGGAGGAGUUCUUCGAAGGUCACCUGCUGAAAGUUCUGUUCGACCGACUGGGCCGCGUGCUGGAGCAGCCGUACGAGUUGAACCUGCAGCUGACCGCCGUUCUGUCCAGACUGGCGUCCUUCGGCCACCCGCUGCUGCACGAAUACCUGCUCAACCCCUACAUACACCUGUCUCACUGCUCCAGGUCGCUCUUCUCCGUCCUCAUCAGGCUGAUGGGAGAGUUGAUGCAGAGGAUCCAGCGGGUUUCCAACCUCCCUGACAGACUGCUGAACGCCAGGAGACACCUGCUGGGACUGAACCACGGCGCUGGACUGGAGCACCUGACCCUGCUGAGAGGACUCAUCAUCCUUGAGGAGUUCUGUAAGGAGCUGGCUGCCAUCGCCUUCGUCAAACUGCCCCUGGACCAGGAGUGACCCACCUGGACCACCUGGGACAGGUACACAUUUAGGUACGCCUGGUUCAUGUGAUCUUCACCCUGAGGACACACUGAAGCAGAGACAGAUACACCCGAGUACCUGGGGACAGGUACACCUGUAUGACCUGGAGCAGGUACAGCUGGUCCACCUGGACUCUCAGAACCCUCUGACCCCCUUCAGAACCUUCACCGGAACAUUUUAACCUUGGGACGUUGGGUCAGACCCUGAUUGAAGCCUGUUUGACUGCAGGGUUUCUGAGGCGACCCUGAACGUCUCAUCGUCUGUGCCUUAAUGAACCGUCUCACUGACCCUCUACAGUGACAUCACAGUGACAUCACAUCACAGUUUGAGUUAUUUAUAGUUUCAGUUUACUGUAACCAAUCAGGAAAGACGACACCAGUGAAGAAGACAGAAACUCAGUGAGGGGAAGGAAGGUCAGACGCCACAGAUGGACUUCGGCAGGACUGAGAUCUGAGUCCAGGUCCCAGUUCAGGUCCCUGUCAGACCUGCAGGAAGUCUGAGACCACGGCUGGGUUAAAGCACACUCCAACGUACUGCCUACUACAUAGUACUAGAGCCCGACCGAUAUGGGUUUUGGGGCCCGAUGGCGAUAUUGAAGUGAAAAAGAGCCAAUUUAUGAGCCGAUAUUUAGAUUUAGAGAAUGAUUUGGACAGCAGACCCCUUUACUGCAUAAACUACACUUAGAACAGGCCGAUACUGAAAGCUGGUGUGUAUGUGGGCUAUAAAACCUUUUCCUAAAGGGAUUAGGUUAAUAAAAUAGUUUACAGUCUCAAAAAGUGAACAUUAAACAAUUCACAUCAAUAAAUAUUUGUUGCUGGAAGGUGCAACUUUUUCAGCCGUCUGUAAACAGAGAGAGAGAAUAAACGUGUUUCAGUGAACACAUAAUCUGCCACAUUAGCACAUCCAGCUCAUCUCUUCACUCUUUGAUUCUAACCAAAGCUACGAGAGACCGUUUAACCUCCGUCGGUAUGAAUCAUGGCGUCUAGGAUCCAGUGAGCUGCUGCUGAAUGCAUCUGAUACAACACGACUCUCUACAACGAGGACCUGCAGCUUUGAGAUUUCAUUUAACUAACGUUAUAACCACAACCAGCGCCGCUCCGACAGCGUUUCACAUCUACGUCACACAAAGAGCCUGAGCUACAGGAAGCCGUGUUCGAUUCAGCUCACGUGUUUUUACAUGUCCGCUCUGCUUUAAUCAUUUCAGACACGCAGACUAACUGCAGACAGGCGGCUGCAGAUAUAUUUAGAAUACGUCUGAAACUAUAGUUUAACGGCUCAUUACUGUUGGCGCUCCUCCACAAACACGCCGUUAGCUUUGUGGCUAAUUUAGCAACGGGCAGCGUUAGCUGCUGUAACGUUAUGUGAUGUUAGAGAAUAUUUAGAAGUAAUGAACUAGAGACAAAUGAGAGGAGCGUUCACUAAAACAGCCUCACUGUUUGAAAUAAAUCUACAGUUACGUCUGUCAGCAGCUUCCAGCAGCCAGCUAGCGAAACAUCAACCUGCUGUGAGCUGCUGGGAGGAACAACGGGAGGGUCAGCAAGUCACGAAUGUUUUUAUUAUAAUCAUUAAAGUCGUGUAAUUAACGUGACUCGCCGCUCACACAGCCCUCUGCUGUUUCUACACGCUGCCUUCUGUGGUUUUUGUGGUUCAGCAGUGUUGUUAACAGGAGAGCUGCAGCUGGUCGCCCUCUGGUGGGCAAACUAUGCAACACCUGAGUGAAGGAUCCGACUCUAGGUUUCUUUUUUAAUAGUCACAUAUCGGCCGAUAAUAUCGGUCGGGCUCUACAUAGUACUGCCUACUACUUACUGCAUACUCAGUAUGUACUGCGUACUGCAUACUCCAUAUGUACUGCGUACUACACACUGAGUGUUGCAUUGUGGGUAGCUGAGGAUGUGCAGUGAGCCAGUAUCCCUCUGAGUAUUUCCUCCACGUACUCUGCAGCUGGACGCAGUACACUGCUGGGCUCUGCCGGUCAGGUCACCUGCCUGGUGGAUGUGAUGACCUCUGACCUGUGACAUCAUCAGGACUGACCGUCUGUCCAUCAGUGAAGCUUUGUCAGCAGCUGUGGUCAGAAACACUGAGUUUAAAAUGUGAAACCAAACAUGAACUACGUUUUAUUUCUGACUUUUACUUUGAUCAAGUUCAAAAGAAAAUCUUCCAUUAAAGUCUGUUUGUACUGAAA